UUGCAGUUAAUACACAGAGACAGAUGUGUUAAUAAUGUCCCCAUUCCCAUGGAACAACUGCAAGACAUGGCAGAGAGAUUAAACUACAUAUCUACCUCCUUCCACGUUCACUUGAGCAAACUGGAAUUCUGGGAGUCAAAAUACUCUAUGCUGGCAUUUUUGACACUAACCGAGUCCAAGCUAAAAUCCUGGAUCAUUAAAUACGACCGACUGGAAUCAAUGGAUCUUUUGCUACAAAGCUAUGGUUCUUUUGUGGAGGGGCAGCAGUUCUUUGAGAAGUAUGAAUCCAGCCACCAGGCUCUUAUAAACGCUGCUGAGCUCUACAUUAAAGCAGACAGCUCAG